GCAGCCCGCCGUUUCCCCAUUCCUUCCACGUCCCGAGGCUGAGGCACCAGCUGAGUGCAAACCGGGGAAAGGAAGAGGAGCUCCGCGCCCGGUCAGGGAGGGACCCGCGUUCCCGUGACAGGUCUACCGCUCGCCUCCCCGGGGACCAGGCUCGACCUUAGAGCCACAAGGAGUCCUGUAGGACAAGAUCAUUCAUGCAGAACUGGCUCAGUGGAUAAGAGCAUCUACCUCUCUUAUUGAGGAACCAAGUUCGGGUGCUUGUGGCUCAACUUCAGCUCCAGAGACCCGGUCUGUAUAGCUCUGGUUGGCCUGGAACUUACUCUGUAGAUCAUGCUGACCUUGAACUCACUGAGAUCUGCUUUCCAGUGCUGGGAUUAAAGGUGUGGGCCACUACCCAGCUGACAGUACUGGAAGCAAUACUUGUUCCACUUGGGCAUCUUCUCUGGAUCAAGCUAUGGUGAAAGAUGUUUCGCAAAGGCAAGAAGAGACACAGCAGCAGCAGUUCCCAGAGCAGUGAAAUCAGUACAAAGAGCAAGUCUGUGGAUUCCAGCCUUGGAGGACUUUCGAGAUCCAGCACUGUCGCCAGCCUUGACACAGACUCCACUAAAAGCUCAGGACAAAGUAACAGCAAUUUAGACACAUGUGCUGAGUUCCGAAUAAAGUACGUGGGUGCCAUUGAGAGACUGGCCGUGUCUGAGGGGAAGAGCCUUGAAGGGCCACUAGACCUGAUCAAUUACAUAGACGUCGCCCAGCAAGAUGGAAAGUUGCCUUUUGUUCCCAUGGAAGAGGAGUUUAUUCUGGGCGUUUCUAAGUACGGCAUAAAAGUCUCAACCACGGAUCAGCAUGGUGUCCUGCAUAGGCAUGCCCUGUAUUUAAUCAUCCGGAUGGUGUGUUACGAUGAUGGCCUGGGAGCUGGGAAGAGCUUGCUGGCACUCAAGACCACAGAUGCAAGCCAUGAAGAAUACAGCCUGUGGGUUUACCAGUGUAACAGCCUGGAGCAAGCCCAGGCAAUCUGCAAGGUCUUAUCCACAGCGUUUGACUCCGUGCUGACCUCUGACAAGUCCUGAACUCUACAGCCAAGUGGAAACUGACCCACCCAAAGCUUACCUGUUCCUACAUCUGUCUGCAGCCAUGGACUGUUAGAGGGUAUAAUGCUCUGAUCUGGUUUUCUAAAAGUGUAAUGUAUAAAAUAUUGGCCUUACACUAAAAGGUGUUGUUAACAUUAGGUCAACUUCCAAUAAAUGACCUGCUUUCUGAACAAAAGAGAAA